AUGGCCGGAAAAUACGAAAGUGACCCCGAAUGGGCCUCUGUGACUCCAAUCCCUUUGGAUGAUGGUGAAGAAUCGGGCGCUAUGCCUCUGGCGUCCAUUGCCUAUCCUACCGAGUACCUCGAAGCAACCUCUUAUUUGCGGGCGGUGAUGGCCGCAAAUGAGAUGUCGGAGCGCGCGUUGAAGUUGACGCAGGAUGUUAUAUCCAUGAACGCAGCACAUUACACUGUUUGGAUCUACCGCGCCAAAAUCUUGGUCGCAUUGGAGAAGAGUCUCGAAGAAGAGGUCGCAUGGUUGAACAAAGUUGCUUUGAAGUACCUGAAAAAUUAUCAAAUCUGGCACCACCGUCAAGUACUCAUGUCCUCACGGAAAAAUUUCCCAACACUCCCACCCAAGGAACAAGAUUUCCUGAUGGACAUGUUCGCUCAAGAUAGUAAGAACUACCACGUCUGGACAUAUCGCCACUGGCUAGUCCGCCACUUCAAGCUCUGGGACAACCCCCGCGAAAUCGAGGAUAUCAAUCAUCUCCUAAAAGCCGAUGUGCGGAAUAACUCUGCCUGGAGUCACCGUUACAUGCUUCGCUUUGGACCCCGUGACGGUGAGUUAGAUGCCGGUAUGGCUAACGCGGGAGAUAUGUCGACCACACCCGGUGAGAAGGGCGUUCUGGCUGUUGUUGACGAGGAUAUGGUUGAUGCGGAAUUGUUGUUUGCGCAGGAGGCUAUUGUUCGCGCUCCGGAGAAUCGUAGUCCCUGGUGGUUUGCGAGAGGUGUGUUGCUUGCUUCUGGCCGCGGACUUACUGAGUGGGAGGAGUUCGCUGAGAAGUUUGUUGAUGGCGAUGCGGUUAAGAGCUCACAUGCUAUUGAAUGGUUGGCUGAUGCUUAUGCGGAUGGAGAGAGAGAUAUUCAGGCGGCUGAGAUGCUGAACCUGUUGAAGGAUAAGUAUGAUCCUAUUCGGAAGAAUUACUGGGAUUAUCGGAUGAAGAUGCUGGAUAUUCCUGCCCAUUAG